AUGGCAGAUACGGCCGACUUUGACGUCAACUCGAUCAUAGAACGACUUCUCGAAGUGCGAGGCAGUCGGCCUGGCAAACAGGUUCAAUUAAGCGAGGACGAGAUCAAGUUUCUUUGCAGCCGUGCACGCGAGAUUUUCAUGUCCCAGCCCAUCCUUUUGGAUCUAGAAGCACCCAUCAAGAUUUGCGGUGAUAUACACGGCCAGUACUAUGAUCUGUUGCGAUUAUUCGAGUAUGGUGGUUUCCCACCCGAGGCCAACUAUCUGUUUCUCGGAGACUAUGUAGACAGAGGAAAACAAUCCUUGGAGACUAUUUGCCUUUUGCUCGCUUACAAGAUCAAAUACCCUGAAAACUUUUUUAUCCUGAGAGGCAAUCAUGAAUGUGCAAGCAUCAACCGUAUAUAUGGUUUCUACGAUGAAUGCAAGCGACGAUACAACAUCAAGCUCUGGAAGACCUUUACCGAUUGCUUCAAUUGUCUCCCUAUCGCUGCCAUUAUCGAUGAAAAGAUCUUUUGUAUGCAUGGUGGUUUGUCGCCUGAUUUACAGAGCAUGGAACAAAUCCGACGCGUUAUGCGGCCUACGGAUGUGCCCGACACAGGCUUGUUGUGUGAUUUGCUUUGGUCCGAUCCAGAGAAGGAUGUUCAAGGUUGGAGCGAGAAUGAUCGUGGUGUCUCGUUCACAUUUGGCCCCGACAUUGUCACACGAUUCCUGCAAAAGCAUGAUCUCGACCUUGUCUGUCGUGCGCAUCAGGUCGUCGAGGAUGGGUAUGAGUUCUUUGCAAAACGUCAGCUGGUAACGCUUUUCUCUGCACCCAACUACUGUGGUGAAUUCGAUAAUGCAGGUGCCAUGAUGAGUGUGGAUGAGACUUUGAUGUGCUCUUUCCAGAUUUUGAAGCCUGCUGAAAAGAAAUCCAAGUAUGCCUACGCUGGUGCAGGAGCAGGAGGACGACCUAAUGCUGGUCAACGAGGAAAGAAGAAAAAGGAUAUGGCAUAA